AUCGAAAAAGGCGCAGUCCGUCCACAUGCCGACGGCCCGACUUGAAUGGCCUGGCAUGUCUAGCUGACAUUUCUUUCCACUCGACGACUCGUUGCUUGUUCACUCUCCAGCACGAUGGCCUCUGCUUCGGCCAUUCUCGUGUCUCAGGCUGUCAGCUCCGGCGAGCUUACAGACCUUGUUUCGUCUUCUACACCUGCCACCGUUCAUCCUACAGAUGAUUCCAUCCUCUCUGUACUCACCGCUCGAUUUCGCGCUGAUUUACCAUACACUAGACUCGGAUCCACAAACCUUGUGGUAGUCAAUCCUUACAAAACACUCGCCAAUGUCAACGAUGCUAACGCGAAGGAGUACGAAGAUAGAUGCUACAAGGACACCAAGCUGGGCUUGGCGGAUUCUCGGAGACCCCCUCAGCCUCACUUGUAUGAGCAAGCGGCCAAAAUUUAUCUCCUUAUGAGAAGGAGGAAUGAAUCUCAAGCAGUUGUCACUCGGGGAAUUUCGGGAUCGGGAAAGACCGCAAGCAGUCGCCUGCUCAUAGACCAGAUUUUGCGCCUUUCAGCUCACUCCAAACGAGAGGCCAAAAUCGCCGACCAAAUCAAAUCUUUCGCAGUGCUGCUCGAGUCUUUCGGAAAUGCAAAAACACCUGUGAACCCAAAUGCCUCACGACACACACGCUACACAGAACUCCAUUUCAAUGAACGCGGGCGUAUCAGUGCUGCGAAGGUUAUCGCCUUUGGGCUUGACAAGUCCCGCUUGAUUCGCCUGUCACAUGAAGAACGAUCUUACCAUGUGUUUUACCAACUUCUUGCUGGGGCUACGCCAAUGGAGCGUCCCUCGGACUACGCCCUGUUGGCAUCAUCCAAUUGCUAUCAUUUGCCUGCUGGCCCAUUCAACGCUUUCAAAACUUUAGGCUUCAACGUGCUCGCUGCCAUCCUGCUGCUCGGUAACCUCGAAUUCGGGGAGGCUGAUGCACAGGACGUCUCUGCAUAUAUCCUUAACGUGCCAGUUCUCCAACAGGCAGCAAAGCUUUUGGGCGUUUCUGCCGAAGAACUCAGCGACACGCUGACGUGCAAGACGAGUUAUGUACGCAGGGAGCUGUAUACUGUGUUACUCAAUCGAGACCAGCUAGUUCGCGAUCUCUAUGCAAUCAUGUUUGCAUUCGUGCUAGCCCCUGCUUCCCUAAGCCCUACAUGUUCCGCCACUCCAGGCUAUCAGACACGGGCGCCUUCAGGGUCGAGUGCUCAUCAGAAUGGCUUUGAUGAAUUCUGCAUCAAUUUCACCGACGAACUCGUGCAGUCACACAUACUUCGGAACAUUUUCGACGACAGCACAGGCUCUAACAGUCGUAUGAUUGCUGAUGGGAACUCGCUACCGGCUAUCAUUGCUAUGGACAACUCAGCGUGUGCCGAGCUUCUUCGGGGCCCAUACACUACUCAGAAAACGUCACGAAAACCUGGCGGUCUCCUGGGUAUCGUUGACAAGGUCGUAAUGUCCUUCAAAUCGGGGCGUGCGGGUGAUCAACGGAAUGAUGAGUUGCUGUGGGAUUUGGGUGCCAAGUUUGGUGUGCACCCGUCUUUCGUUGCAGCACCGACCGCAGACGAGAGGAGAUCUUUCAGGAUCAACCACUAUGCUGGUCCCUGUUCAUACGACAUCAGCAACUUCGUGGAGAAGGACGCUGACCUGCUUGACCCUUCUUUCGUUACUCUCCUUCGUAGCUCGGCUGAUGCAUUUGUCGCGAAGCUCGUGUCGGGCCCCAGCUUGUCUACAGAAAAGCACCAGAGUGAUGAGGAAACUAUCGUCCAAGCUCAAGUCUCUUCCCGCCCUCUUCGCAUGAUCACUCCUCUGGGAGAAAGCGCGGAUGAGAAUCCUCUCUUAAACCCAUCCAAAAUCUAUCCCGUCACUACGCAGCUCAACCAGACGCUUUGGAAUGUCUUGUUCAACAUCGAGAAUGUGCCAAUGUGGACUAUCACAUGCAUUCGCCCCAAUGAUAAUGGGUUCUCCAACUCCCUUGACAGGCGUCGCAUCAAAGGACAAAUCAAGGCUCUGCUACUCCCUGCUAUUGUGUUGAGGAAACAGGUUGAGUUUGUUGCAGACUUUGAUCAGGCAGAGUUUUGUGACAGAUAUCGUCCUACUAUGCGCGGAUCAGAUGCUGAGCGCAUUCGUCAGUGCGCCCAGUCUAAUGGCUGGAGAGAGGACAUAGACUUUGCGAUUGGCAACCAGAGGAUCUGGCUAUCGUACUCGGCAUGGAAGAUGGUAGAAGAUGUUGUGCGUUCUGAGGAGAAAGAGCAGAAGAGGCUUGCUCGUGAGGAUUCACAAGAGGAUGGGAGCGCCAUGCCCGAUGAUGCCACAGACUACCCUGGUGAUGAACGGCAGUCAACAUACUUUGAUGAGCCGCAUGCCACCCCAUUCCAAGAGCCGAAAACGCCCAUAUUCGAUGGUUAUGCACCGUCUCAUGUUGCUGCUCCCAGUUACCACGAGGAAUCGGGUUCCACGAUGUGGGAAACGAAGCCCGAAAACUUCGACGCAGCACCUCCCCUUAUGCCCAAUUCUGCCAUGCUAGCCACGGAUAACGCUCCUGAAAUGUUGGAGGAACAGCUGCCAACUACUCGAACCCGACGUUACUGGCUUUAUGCCGUCCGCUUCUUCACCUGGUUUAUUCCCAACUUCCUGUUAUCGUGGUUAGGCCGCAUGAAGCGCCCCGACGUCCGUCUUGCAUGGCGAGAGAAGGUGACCAUCUGCAUCCUCAUCCUCCUCGGAAAUUGUUUUAUCCUAUUCUACAUCAUUGUUUUCGGUAUCAUUCUCUGCCCGAACUUCAAGUACGCAUGGACAACGAACGAAGUGGCUCAACAUACAGCUACCAAUGACUACUAUGUCUCCAUUCAAGGCAGGGUUUACGACGUCUCCAAUUUCGUUCGCGGUGACCACAGUGACAUCGUGGGAGAGCCAAGUAAUGGUGCAGCCACCCUGGCGGGGCUCGCUGGUACCGACAUGACCUACUACUUCCCCCCUCCCUUAAAUGUGGCAUGCGCGGGUCUUAACAACACUCUACUCUUGUUUCCGCAAGCCAUGCAUUCCUCCGGAUCCAAUGCUCCGACGACUCCCACAGCUCUCGAUAACCAGGACUGGUACACUGCGACCUUCAAACCAAGUAUCGAUCAGUACUAUCUCGGUCCAUUGGUUUGGGAGCCAAGCGAUAUUUACUCUCAGGCCAAUCAAACCACGAAUCCGCGAACUUGGGCAAUUUACGAGAAUAGCAUCUAUGAUUUGACAGACUAUGUCUACACCCUGAACACGAUCAACCUGAAUGUCGCAUCGUACAGCUUCCUUGACCCGAACCUCGUUGCGGUCUUUGAGCAACAAGCCGGGCAGGACAUUACUAACGCUUUGAAUCAAGUCUUGGGUUCCAUGAGUGCUGAAAACCGUACGGCGAAUAUGGACUGUCUUUCUAACGCUUUCUACUAUGGAGAGACGGACUUCCGGUAUACUGCUAGAUGUCAAGUGCAGAACUACCUUUUGCUUGUGUUCUCCAGUGUCAUCAUGGCCUCGAUGGGGUUGAAAUUCUUUGCUGCACUCCAACUCCAAACUAAACGCUUCCCUGAGUUACUGGACAAGUUCGUGAUAUGCCAGGUCCCUUGUUACACGGAAGGAGAGGAUUCCCUUCGCCGCACACUCGACUCACUUGCCAAUUUGGACUACGACGACAAGAGGAAGCUGAUUUUCGUCAUUUGCGAUGGGAAUAUCAUCGGGAGCGGUAAUGAACGGCCGACACCUGCUAUCGUGCUCGACAUCCUUGGCGUUGACCCAGCGAAUGAUCCCGAGCCCCUGAUAUUCAAAUCGAUCGGAGAAGGCUCGCAGAAGCUCAACUAUGCCAAGGUAUACUCCGGAUUGUACGAGUUUGAAGGCCACGUUGUUCCGUAUAUGGUCGUCGUGAAGGUCGGGAAGCCAAGUGAACGUUCAAAACCCGGCAACCGUGGCAAGCGUGACAGUCAGGUCAUGUUGAUGCAGUACUUGAACAGGGUGCACUUCAACGCACCCAUGUGCCCGCUAGAGCUCGAAAUAUAUCAUCAGAUGCGGAAUGUUAUAGGGAUCGACCCUGCGUUCUACGAGUACAUCUUCACUGUGGAUGCAGAUACGUCCGUGAGUCCCAAUUCUCUUAACCGUCUUGUGGCAUCCUCGAUAGCGGAUUCCAACAUAAUCGGCAUAUGUGGUGAAACGAGACUCCAGAAUGAGGAGGGAUCCUGGUGGACCAUGAUCCAGGUAUACGAGUACUACAUCUCGCACAACUUGUCCAAAGCUUUCGAGAGUCUUUUCGGCUCAGUCUCGUGUCUUCCUGGUUGCUUCACCCUUUACCGCAUCCGCACUAAUGAUAAAGGUCGACCGCUCAUCAUCUCCAACCGUGUAAUUGAUGAAUAUGCGGAAAAUAACGUGGACACCCUGCACAAGAAGAAUCUGUUCUCCCUCGGCGAAGAUCGAUUCCUGACGACACUGUUGAUGAAACAUUUCCCUACCUUCAAGACUAAGUUCACUCCGGAUGCAAUUGCGCGUACCAUGGCACCAGUAUCCUGGAGAGUGCUGUUUUCACAACGGAGGCGUUGGAUCAACUCGACCGUUCACAACUUAUGCGAGCUUGCUGUUCUUCCUGACCUCUGCGGCGUCUGCUGUUUCUCAAUGAGGUUCUUCGUCUUCCUCGACCUGAUCGGUACUUUGUUGGCUUGGCUAAUUGUCGAGGUUGCUACUGGACAAUCUCCGUUCCCUCUGAUUUCCGUCAUCAUGUUGGCAGUGGUGUAUGGUCUUCAGGCUCUUAUCUUCAUCAUCAGAAGAGAGUUCAUGCUUGUUGGAUGGAUGGUGGUCUAUCUCCUUUCGUACCCCAUUUACAGUUUCUUCCUGCCCAUAUAUUCAUUCUGGCGGAUGGAUGAGUUCGGUUGGGGUAACACUCGUAUCGUGCUCGAUGAUGGUGGAAGCAAGAAGGUCAUCGCCAACAACAACGACAUAAAGUUCAACGAGUCUAUGAUUCCGUACAAGAAGUUUAGUGACUAUGAGGCUGAAACAUUGGGUGACAACCAAUCCGGGAAGUCAUAUGGCUCGCCUCCCGAUUUCAACCAGGCAAGCUCCGUGUAUCUCUCCGCCCCUCAGCCGCGUCUUCCGUCAGGCUCCCAACGCCCGUCUGUCUACGAGUAUGGCCACUCUGAAUCAGGAGACCACGACUACUACCGCGACACGAACAUGAUACAUAGCAACUCGUCACAUCAACACCUACACGCGCCUUCACGUCCGAGCUCUCGUGCCGUAUCUGACGCUAAUCGCCCACCACCUCAGAUGGCCAAAUGGAGAGGACCCUCGCAGGAAAGGAUCAACAUGUUUACUCCGACCAAUUCGGGUCCACAUGGGAGCGUGUAUGGGAUGACGCCGCCUGACUCGCGAAUGGCAUCUGGAGUCUUCAACAACCGCGCCAUGUCCCCCGCCCAGAGCUUAGGUGUCCCUCAACCUUUGCACGGAGGAAUGCGGACCGUCUACGUUAUCCAUGGCUACAACUGUGUUUACCGGUCAGCUCGUGAGGCUAUGGCGGCUCGCUUCCCUCGCGCAGACUUGACGCCUCGCAAAGACUUUUUAAACCAAUGCAUUGAUAACAUUCUUUCACAUUAAAUGUAGGGUAGAUACAUCAUUUAGGACACUUGCAUUCAUCUCUGGGACACUUCUAGUCUUUGGACUUAAUUAACCGUCGGGACAUGCUGAUUUAGCGUUUUGUUUUGUUAUGAUUACUGCAUCUAUAUCAUUCAUAGUCUAGGUGUUGGAUAUUGUUGGACAUAAUAUGAUGGCGACUUGGACUAUUGAAAC